AUGGGCGGCGAUCUGAACCUGAAGAAAUCAUGGCAUCCAUCGCUGCUCAAGAACCAAGAGCGCGUAUGGGCUCAAGAGAAGCGCGCGCUCGAGGAGCGCAAGCAGAUCGAUCAGCUCCGACGCGAAAGAGAAGAAGAACGCCAAAUUCAAGAACUCCAGCGCCUCCAAGAAGCCUCCGGUAAGACGAAGCUGCAGAACCGCGUCGACUGGAUGUACCAAGCCCCCUCCAGCGCCACCGGCCACUACUCCGAAGAGAUGGAGGGAUACCUGCUAGGAAAGCGACGGAUUGAUGGAGUCUUGCUCAAGAACGACGCCGAGACUAAGAAGCUGGAGAAGGGGUCGGAAGUUGUGGGCAAUGAUGCUGCGGCGGCCGGUCCAUCUGUUGGGUCGGCGCGCGAUACCAUGUCGAAGGUUAUGGCAGACCCGCUCCUUGAAGUCAAGAAGAGGGAACAAGCGGCCUACGAGGCGAUGGUCAAGGAAGCGAUGAGGCGCAAGGAACGGGAGGAGAAGCGUGCUCAGGCAGGAGACGGUGCUCGCGAGCGCGGAAAAGACCGUGAUCGUCGCCAUCGAGACCACGACUCCAAGCGCAGACGGUACAGUGAUGAUGCGGCUUAUGAGCGCCGCGAUAGACACCACCAUCGGUCAUCUCCUCGUCGGCACCGAUCCAGAUCUCCACACCGCAGGCAUAGGAGUGAGCGCGAGCGUGAGCACCGUGACGAUGAACGCCGUGAAGAUAACCGUGAUCGGCGGAGUGAUGACACCAGAUCUCGUCGGGAUGACAGGGACCGUGGCCGAGACCGUCGCGACCAGGACAAGAGAGAUUCAUAUUCCCGACAGGCUCGCGAUGACAGACGUGACCGGGACCGCAAAGGUGACCGCUCAUCUCGUCGAUACUCUCGAUCACCUCGUCCGUCUGGAGACCGCAACGAACGCCCCCCUCCCACCGAGGACCGUCGCCGAGACUUCGCCCGCCGUGAGUUUAAUAUCCGACGGGACUCUGGUCGUGACAACGGUGCACCUCCUGCUCGUCCACCAGCCAACAAGCCUGAUCCCAAGGAGGUUGAGGAAGAACGACGUCGCAAGCUGGCAGAGAUGCAAUCCAAUGCCUCUGAUAUGGAGGUAGACCGACGCCAGCGGAUCACGGAUAUCACCGCGAAGGAGGGACAGCAGCAAGAAGCCGAUGAUCGUCAGCGUUCAGAUCGGGGCAGGUUCAUGUCUGAUAUGCAUAAGCGAGUGCAAGAGGAUAGUCUCGAUGAGCGUAUUCGUCGUUCUCGUGGUGGACUUGAGCGCAUGGAGGAGGAUUGA